AUGAAGUUCCUCGCCGCAGCAGUCCUCUCCCUCCUUCCCGCCCUGACCUCCGCUCACUGCGUUGCUCAGCGCGUCCGCGUCAACGGCCAGGAUAACGGCGAACUAGUCGGUAUCCGAACGCCGACAUCCAACAAUCCCAUUCAGAACGUCAAUGACGGGAACUUUGCCUGUAACAGCGGCUUCAAGACCCCGGUGUCAACCAAAGUCAUCGACGUUAAGGGCGGUGACAAGGUGGGCGUCAUGUGGGGCCAUGUCAUCGGCGGUGCGCAGUUUGCGAAUGAUAAGGACAAUCCCAUCGCUGCCUCGCACAAGGGCCCUACCAUCUUCUACAUGGCUAAAGUCGACGACGCGGCCAAGGCAGAUGGCAAAGGGCUCAAGUGGUUCAAGGUAGCACAAGACGGUUUGGAUGGCUCUGGCAAAUGGGGCGUCGACAGGAUGAUUUCGAGCGGCGGUUGGGUGGACUUCACCAUGCCGAGCUGCGUCGCUCCUGGCCAGUACCUUCUCCGCGCAGAAAUCAUCGCAUUGCACAGCGCAACUAAGCCCAGCCAGGCUCAGUUCUACGUUGGAUGCGCUCAAAUCAAGGUAUCCGGCUCUGGGACUAGCACUGGCAGCCAAACCGUCAGCUUCCCGGGCGCGUACUCUGCGCAAGAUCCGGGAAUUCUGGUUAACAUCUACGACACCAAGGGACAGCCAAACGGUGGCGGAAAGCCGUACCAGAUCCCUGGACCUGCGGUCCUUCAGUGCUAG